GGUACCAUUUUUCCCGCAGGAUGUGUAUCGAAAAUUUUGACCCGCUUCUACGAAACAGGAUCGAUACGGCCCGGUUCGAUCGGUGGCAGUAAAACAAAGCAAGUGGCAACACCGACGGUGGUGAAGAAAAUUCUACGCUUCAAGCAGGAAAAUCCGGGCAUGUUUGCAUGGGAGAUCCGGGAUCAGCUGCUUUCCCAGCGGAUAUGUGACCCCAACACGAUACCUUCGGUCAGCUCGGUGAAUCGGAUACUGCGGAACGGUGGCAUGUGGACGGACGAUAUGACUUCGAACGAACAAAUGCUUCGCGAGUCAUCCCAUUCGUCCGCCGCGUACAUGCAGUCCAAAGCGAUGUCAUCUCACCCUCUGUACAGUCAAACGCUUGAACAGCAUCAAGCCCUGCUCAACCAGUACCGCUACAGUAUGGCCGGUGUUUCUCCCGAUCACACUCCGAAACAUCCCAGCAUGUCCCACCACCACUCGCCGUACGGCUCACCACCGGGAGCACCGGGUCCGAUCGUACAAAGGACGGCGGCUGUCAAUAUCAUUCAGCACGAAAGUCUCCCACCGACCACCAAAUCCACCGACCAUCAUCAUCAGCAAUCGUCUCCCCAUCAAGCGCAACCUCUAACAGCGGGUCAUCAUCAUCACCACGGCCUCGGUAAACCAUCGCCCUCCGUCAGCAUGCCCGACCUGAGCUCGCCGAAAGGGGCCGACUCCAAGAGUGAACCUUCGUCCUCCACCCGAUCGACACCGACCAGUGGCACACCGGUGUCAUCGAUUGCACCCGCCACCGCUCAGAUGCCAUACCUUCCGAAACACUGGAUCUGGAACACGAGCCUGUUCUACGCGGCGAACCGUGGAGUCGGACAGCACGCAUCGGGUGCCGAUCCUUCCGGUGCUACGUCAGCAGCAGCGGCGGCGGCUGCAGCAGCGGCAGCCGCAGCAGCAGCUGCUGCCUUUCCCCAUGGAUACUUCACGUACGGCAAUCCUUUCGGAGGAGGUGCCGCGUUUCCGGGUCAAAUUGAGCCAAGUUUGCGCAGUGACACGACUGCUUCGAAUGCUUCAUCGUCGCCGGUACAAAUCACCGACGUCAACAGUGACGACUCGUCGGAUAACCACGACGAUUUAAGGACAUCCAUUUCGAAGAAGCGCAAUCCGUACUCCAUUGAGGAGUUGUUGAAGAAGCCCGAGAGCAAGAAACAGAAGAUUGACGAUCGAGUUACCAUUACCUGCGUGUCGGAUCCUUCCGGCAAGCCACAGACCGAUUCGCUGCUCGAUGACAAAUACCACUACCACUGCUCACCGUCCGUGUCACCGUCCAAGUCGUGUCCGUCACCUUCUGCCACGCCGGUGACUGCGGUGCGCUGUAAAUCAUCCAGCGACUACCGUUCGUCCUCAUCGCCCCAGUCGAUCGGGGAGGAAUCGGAAGGCUGCAGUAUCGUGUCGGCCGUCGUACGCUCCAAGCUGACCGAUACCAAUAGCGAAAAUAGCAUUAACAUUGAAAUUUGUGAUUAACUUCUGCUCGACGGGAAUAGAAGCGGCGUACUCUGUUAGGUGUAAGAAGGUUGUUGUAGAAGCAAUGUUGUAAAUACCACACAGUAGGGAAGACACAGAACACAAACCCAGUGUACUUUGGGUUGGGAGCUAGUAAAGAUCCGUAGCAAAAAGUAGGAAGAGUUGUUAGAACGGGGCGAUCAGAUGAAAAUGCAAUUGUUUGUAGUGUAAGCUAAUUUAUUAACCAACGAUUAGGUAUUGAUUGUUUUUUAGGGUUUAGUUAUCUGUAAGAUACCAGACACACAUGCACAACACUCCAUUUUCACACAUUCACACCCGUCGAACGCUGUAUCAUUAUUGUAAUGUGUUUAGCAAAGCAAUAAACUGAUU